AAGAAACGUCAAAUAAUGGACGCUCUCCCCCAGUUGUGGAAAAAACAAACAAAACAUUGUAAAGUGAACGAUAUUUAUUGUAAAUUUUAUUAGAUUUCUAAACAUUUUCUCACAUCAUGGCUGAUGUGCGGGAUAUUCUUGAGCUGGAGCGUCCGGUGACGCCGGAGUUAACGAAGGAAGCACUGCUCAACUCCAAGAAACGCACUGUCGAAAGGAAAAUUGUGGCCAAACGUCCUGAAGGUAUGCACCGGGAGGUGUUUGCUCUGCUGUACAAUGACAACAAAGAUGCACCACCGCUUCUGCCAACGGAUACCGUUUCCGGCUACAAGAAGACGAAGGCCCGAUUGGGCAUGAAAAAGGUGCGCCGCUGGGAGUGGGCACCGUUCGUUAAUCCGGCCCGUACUGAUGGGGCCGUCUUUCACCACUGGAAGCGCGUGACGGACGAGCCGAAGGAGUAUCCAUUCGCCCGGUUUAACAAGCAGCUGGACAUUCCCACCUACACGCUGAACGAUUACAAUGCACAUCUCAAGACAACGAAGUGGACCAAACAGCAGACGGACCAUCUGUUCGAUCUGGCCAAACGGUUCGACGUUCGGUUCAUCAUCAUGUGUGACCGUUGGGAGCGGGCAAACUAUGGCAUCAAAUCGGUGGAAGAUCUGAAGGAGCGCUACUACGAGGUGGUGGGCAUAUUGAACAAAGUACGCAACGCCAACGGGCAGGGCGGUGUCGAAAAGAAGGUGUACGUGUUCGAUGCGGAGCACGAGCGGCGCCGAAAGGAGCAGCUGAAGAAGCUGUUCGACCGCACAUCGAAGCAGGUGGAGGAGGAGCAACAGUUGCUGAACGAGCUGAAGAAGAUCGAAGCACGCAAGAAGGAGCGCGAGCGCAAGACGCAAGAUCUGCAGAAGCUCAUCUCGCAGGCCGACCAGCAACAGACGGAACACCAUCAGAAGGAGCAGCAGCAGCAUCAUAGCCAAACGCAGCCCCAAGGUACCCAGAACACAUCGCACAAAAAGCAGGACAAAAAGCUGAACAAGAAAAAGAUCCAACAGCAGCCACGCACGUCCAAGGUGGAUUCGGUGGUAAGCGCAGUGGAGAGCGCUGGCAUUAAGUUUACGGAUCUGCGUGGCACGGGUGUGUCGUUGAGAUCGCAAAAGAUGAAACUGCCCGCCAACGUUGGCCAGAAGAAAGCGAAGGCGCUCGAGCAGGCACUGCAGGAGUUCAAGGUGGACCCGAAUCCACCCCCGGUAGAAGAUAUUUGUGUGGCGUUCAAUGAGCUGCGAUCGGAUAUGGUGCUGCUGUGCGAAUUGCGGACCGCCCUGGCCACCUGUAACUUUGAGCUGGAGAGUCUAAAGCAUCAGUAUGAGGCGCUGUGCCCGGGUAAGACGCUAAAUAUUCCGGCCGCACUGGUCAAUCCACCGGCGGAUGAAUCGGCCGGUGGAAUGGAUGUUGAAGGAUCGAUGGUUUGAUGUGGAGGAAGUAAGAAUUAUACAUAACGAAUAAAGUUUUCUUUUUAAAACACAA